GGAUCAAUAAAUGGAUGAAUAAAAUAUCGUUAUACUAAAUAUUAUUAUUUUGAUUGGGUCUUGCAUAAUACUUCUAUGGUUCCGGAAUGUUGGCGAACCUGAAAAAAAAACUAGUGUCAGUUUUGACAUUGAUCUGUCUGAGCUGUCAGCGAUUUGCAGCUAACUUCACUUCACUUCAAAAGUUGCUCAACCACGUGUGGUGUUUAUAAGUGUGAAACUCGUGUUAUAAAUUAAAGAAAAUGGGUAAAUUUAGAUCAAAAUUAAAAGGGAAAUCGAAAGGGAAAAGAUGGCAGAAGGGACAGUCGUCAAACUCCAACCCAAAAAUACAGAAAUACCGGGAUAUGGCGAAAUCCCGGUUUUUUCAGGAAAAUCUAGGAAGCACCGGUUUAACUCAGCAAGCUGUUUCAAAACACGAUGCUAUGAUGACUUAUGGUCAUGCAUCUUUGAAGAAGAAGUCUGAUGCAGAAAACGAGUUGCUAAUAGCUAAGGAGCUAGAGAACAUGUCUAUGAAGAGUGGAGAUGAAGGUUCAGAGACAGAAUAUUCAGAGUCAUAUAAAUCUGGCACUUAUAAGACAUUUCAGACAUUUGCCUCCGACUGGAGCCAAUGUUCUAAUGUUAGUUUUAGCAAGUUGUUGACUAGAUUUGACUCAAACAAUGGACUGCACAAAGAGAUGUUGGCAGUGUUAGCUGCAGUGACAGAAGUCAUCAAACAACAGGGAGGCAAGGAAUCCACCACUGAGUACUUUGCAGCUCUGUACUACCCCGAAAGUGUUUGCUUGUCAAACCACCUGGAUUGUACAAACUCUUCGAGAAAAAUGUGUGAGGAUCAUUGUUCACUUAGACGACUACCUUCUCGCACAUCACGAUUAGAACAUUUGGUCCAUUCAUACAAGCAUGUACCUAAGUGGAAACUCUUGGAGCAUCUCGGAUUCCAACCAACACAUUUUCUAACCGACGACGCUUCAAAUGUAGCGUUGGGAGCUCAAAUCCACAACUUCGCGGUAUCCGGGACCUUUACCAGUGAUGAAAAUCAGCUACAUGGCAAUCAGAAGGAAAUGCUAUCGAUUUACAAAAGUCUCGAGUCUCAGGCGCCAGGUAUGGUCCAAAACACUGCUUAUUCAGUCCGACAAUCAAGACGGCAGUGUUUGUCUUCGCAACGAAGGCGAGACGAAAUCAAAAUGGAGACCCUAAAAACAUCAGAAUUAGAAGAGAACGUAGUGGCAACACUGACAUUAGUAUCUAUGGGUAUCAAGAAUGUACCUCCAGCAGUUUUGAGGAAGCAUUUCUCAAUCUCAGCAAAAAUAUUCGUGGACAUCUUGGAGAAGGAUGAAUUGGUUCAGAAUGGGACAAUGUUGCGGAGUGCUAUAGGAUGCCUCUCUGUGUUGCUGAGGGCGCAGGAGUAUGCUCUCUGGGGUGAUUCGUCCACCAUGAGGGUAUUCGAGUCUUUACUUGCGUUUGCACUGCAUUCUAAACCUAAGGUACGUAAAGCAGCUCAGCAUGCAGUGACGUCAGUACUACGCGGCAGCUGUUUCAUGAUCCCGUCUGAUGACCAGAAAGUUAAGGUACCAAAACUCCACCCGGGCUCGAACCGCGUAGCCGAGUUCUGUUUGUCUCAGAUCAAGGCAGAAGCUUUGUUGGCCGGACAUCGAACUGUGUUACAUACACUGACGAUGCUUAGAGACGUUCUACCUGUAUUUAGCAAGGAUUAUAUCAAGUCAAUAUGCGAGGCGAUACUAUCCCUAAUGACACACAACAACGUGUACAUAAAAACGUGUUGUCUACACACACUACACGCGUUGUUCUCAAGCAGUAAAGAUACCAGUAAUAUGACAGCGUCGCUAGCUGUACAACUGACGAGGGCGUUAAUGGCCGCCCGGCCGCCAGCCAAUGAUACUGGACAAGUACUGGCGUGGGCAGCUGUGUUACAACAAGGAUAUUGCUGUUUAGCUAAUCUGGAUCUGAACCUGUGUAUGCCGAACUUACCAGCGUUUGUAAACAUCUGUGUCUCUGAGCUGUGGCUCUCUGACGUCGCUGACAUCAACUCCGCGUCCACAAACGCUUUAAAGGCUAUUCUUCUGGACUGUGUGAAGUUAGCCCUGGAUUCCGACGAGACAUUUAUCAAACACAAGCCGCAUAUCGAAGCUAUCUUCAAGAGUAUCGGCACGGGCCUCGACAAUCCAUUCAAUCAAGCUAUCCGCCACGUUGUAAUGACUAUAGCUGUGUGUUUCGAGAUCGGUAACGAAAAGGUAGCAAACUCACUUGGACCUCUUUUGAGAAAACUAAACGAUCGUCGCGAGAGUCACAACUUUGACAACGACAAGGAGGUUGAAUACGCUACUGGAUGCGCCAUCAAAUCUUUAGGCCCAGAAUUUGUCCUUCGCAUAAUACCUUUGAGAGAUGGACCAGAAAAUAUAAACUUAGAAAGAAGUUGGCUCCUUCCCGUACUCAAAGAAAAGAUAACAAAUUCCAACCUUAAAUUCUUCGCAACAGAUAUUCUAGAAAUGGCAACGUUUUGUCGCAAAAGGUCUAGAGAGUUGACCCAACUGAAGGAUGUUCCCGGUUCACACACUUAUGAGUUGCUAUGCAAUCAAUUUUGGGCCUUAUUGCCCUCGUUUUGUAAUAGUCCGAAAGAUAUAAAAGAUAGUUUCAAAUCCAUAGCAAGGGUUUUAGGUAGUGUUUUGAAAGAUAACCCGGAGUUUAGGUUGUCAGUGAUGCAGGCUCUUAGGAAGCUUAUAACUUGUUCCGCUGAUAACGAAGAAGAUAAGCUAGAAUUGGGCAGGUUUGCGAAGAAUUAUUUGCCGAUUUUAUUGAACGUAUACAUGUCGCCCGCUAAGGGAAGUUACGCUGAAGGACACAGGCUGGCUGCUUUGGAAACUAUACAGGUAUACCUAACAAUAAGCGACAAAACACUACGCGAAGAACUGUUCACUAACUCCCUCCAACAGUUAGAAACUUCAAAGGAAAAUCACUUCCAAAGGGAAGCUAUUCUAGACAUCAUAAGGACGUUAGUCCUAUAUCAAACUAGCGAACGAAUAGCCAAACUAUUUGACGAAUGGGUAUAUCCACUGUGCGAAACAGUUUUGGAAGAUCCGAAAAAACAUAAAAAAGCCAAAAAAGAGAAUCAAAUGGAGACAGAGAAUGGAGAGGGAGAAAAGAAGAGUGAAUUAAAAUAUAAAGAAAAAUCAAAACUUCUAGAAAUGGAACACAAGAAGGCUUAUAGGAUAUUAGAAGAGAUCUUCAAAAGUGACAAAGAGAGUUGCAAAGAGUUUUUGAAAGAGAAUUAUAAGAAGAUUAAGAAGUUGCUCAUGUCGUCCUUGAAUAAGGUCGCUGAUAGCAGUAAAGCUGCUAGAUUGAGAUGUAUAGAACACCUAAUAAACACGACUCCGUUCUUGAACGCGGAGAGCAAGUUAUUGAAGAGCGCUAUAGCGGAAUCUGUGAUAUGUACCAAGGACAUAAAUAGCAAAUGUAGACAGUGUGCCUUCAACCUUAUAAACAGUGUUGGAACCGUUCUGAAGUCGCAGGAAGGAGGCAUGCAAGCAUUUGUGAACAUGUUGACCUCGGGUCUCUCAGCGCCGCUCCCUCGCAUCGUCAGCGCUACACUCCGCGCCAUAGCGUCAGCAUUGUUCAACUUCUCAGAAGACAUGGGGCUGGAGACUGUCCAGGGUCUGCUGGAGACUGUGGUGGAACACAUGACCAAUAACAACAGGGAGAUUGUUGCUGCUUGCAUGAGUUUUUUGAAGGUGUACACAAAAGUGCUACCAACAGAUGUCCUGGCGGGCAGUCUACCAGUUAUCUUCAAAUCCCUAUCUAACAUGCCAGAAGACUGCAAGAGGCACUCCCGGCUGGAGAUAGGAUACUUCUUAACAAAAAUGAUGAGGAAAUUCGGAGCUGAUACAGUGGAGAAACUAAUUCCACCGACUGAUGAGGUUAUGUUGAGAAGAUUGAGGAAUAUUCGCAAGAUGGAUAAUAGGAAGAAGAGACAGAAGGAGAGUGAGAAUGGCCAAUCAGAUGAUUCAGACACGGAUUUGCCAAUCAAGGGCACAUCGAAAACUUUGGAGGACAUUCUCAAAGAUUCUGACUCCGAGAUGGAGUUCUUGGAUGAAGAGGAUAAUAAGCCGAGGCCCAAGGUCAAGAAGAUGACCAAGACCAAGGGCAAAAACCAGGCCUGGAUCGAGGAUGACCCGGAGAAUAUUGUGGACUUGGCUGAUGUUUCAGCUUCUAGAAAGAUUACAGCAACGGACCCAUCACGCAAGCAGAAGGCGUCAGAAGUUAAAGCACAGAAAAAGAAGGACGGUGGCUUCAAGACUGCGCCUGAUGGUAGACUGAUCAUCACUGAUGAUGCGUUCGAAAACGACGAUGAUGAUAAUGACACGCCACGACCGAGCGGGGAUAUUGACACGGACACUGAUGAUACUGACGCUGAAGAAGAAGACUCUAAACCCUCAAAACUACUCAAGCCUGGUGCCAAACGCCGCUACGAUGAUAUCCUCAGCUUAAAGAGUGGCAAGUCAAGCAGGAGUCGCGCGUCCACCGUCACUGUUGGAUCCAAGUAUAAGGCGGGAGGCAAGGGUAUCCAUAGGCCGCUAGGAUCAGCUGCAUCAGUAGCGUCAGGCGCUGGAUCGGAAUACAGAGCUAAGAAGGCAAAGGGAGACGUGAAGAAACAAGGCAAACACGAUCCCUACGCGUAUCUACCGCUAUCCAGGAAGAAUUUGAAUAAGAGGAAAAAGGCACUGACAUCAAAACAGUUCAAAGGUGUUGUUAAAUCAAAAACGAAAUUGGGGAAGAAUAAGAAGAAAUGAAAGUGAAAUUAUUAUAGUCAAAUAAUUUUAUUUUUAUGGUCGAUUUAGUUCAUGUUGACAGUUCUUUUCAAAUGAUUUUAAACCAUAUUCUAAAGUAUUUAAGCUUAGAGUUACAUUGCAAUCUUCAUCCAGGCUUGAUUACAAAAAU